UGCUGGUCCUGCUCCAAUGUGAGAUGCUUCCACCUUCCUGCUCCUUCAGGUGGAGUUUGGUGUCGUCUACAGCUGUCUGGAAGACAAGAUGUUCACCGCCAGGAGGGGGAAGGGAGCGUUCUGCAACGGACAACCGCUGGAGGUUUCUGAGCAGAAAGACAUCCAGCAGUCCAUCGUGGCCACAGAGUUCGGAUCCAGCAGAGCCCCCGAAGCCGUCGACAGGAUCUUCUGCAGCCUGAAGAACGUCCUGAGCGUCCCGGUUCACGGGCUGCGUGGAGCAGGAACUGCAGCCAUCAACAUGUGUCUCUGUUCAGGAGGAGAUGGCUAG